AUGUGUAACGUGGAGAGAGCUCUGUUCAUCAGUGCCGGAGUGCUGCUGAAUGGCUGUGUAGUCGGAGCCAUCAUGAGGGACCCACCAACUGAUCAACCAACCAUGUCUGCUAAGGAACUAUUACAGUCUUCCUAUGAUCUAAGUCAGCUGAAAGAUGUCAGCUAUUUAAUCUUCUGCCUGUUCAACAUUAUGUGGGGAUUUGGCAUCAGUGCAGGGACUGUGUUGCUAUACGAUCAUUUGGAAAGUCAGGGUUACACCCCAGAGCGUGCUUCGUGGUCGUUUACAAUGUGGGGAAUUCUGAACAUCUGUGGAAAGUUGUUCACUGGCUUUCUAGUUCACACGAAGCUAGUGGCACAGUGCAGUGUUCAUGUGUUAUACAUAACACAGGCCAUGGCAGGAACGUCUCUUGUUCUCCUUGGCUUACCAGGACAAGCUCAUAUUCACUAUGACAGCAUGCUAAGUGUUUACGGAUUUUUCUUCGGGACGGUGGCAGCGGCAUGGCCCACAGUCUGUGUUGACCUGUUUGGUCAGAAGAAGCUCAUGACUACAAUGGGAUCGCUUUACUUAUCCAUGGUGCCGGAUAUACGUUUGGAGCGCCUGUCGGCGGUGUGUUGA